AGCGGCCAUGUCGGAACAACGCGGCAGCCAAUGAGAUCGCGGCGUCUCCGGCGCCGAGCGGCCAUUGGACGGGGCGCCGCGCCGCGAUUGGCUGACCCGGCGGGGAGUCGGUGGGCGGGGCCGAGGGUUUCCGAACCCAGGCGGCCCUUCCUGUCAGGGCGCAGCGUCGCCUCGCUUCGCCGGGAGAAAGCAGCACCAGGGAGAUUGAUGGAGCGGCCGGGAAAGCGGGCCUCUCCGCGGUGGCUCUCCGCCCGGGCCCUGACCGCAGUGGUGCUGCUCUUGCUGGCGGCUGGGGUCUGCUUGGCGGCUGCGGAUGAAGAAGGACCUCAGGAAGAAUCCUUUGAAUCAAAGACAGCAUUGCCUUCUGAAGAACAAGUGAAAGACCAUCCAUCAGGAACCCAAGUGGUAGCAGGACAGAUCUUCAUUGACUCUGAGGAACCAGAAACUCACACGGAAGAUGGAGAAAGUUUCACGACCCAAGAGGAAGAGAAGAAAAGGCUUUUGGAGGAGAUAGAUUCUAUGGAACUAUCGACUUUAUUAAAGGGUUUGGAAGAGAUAGAAGUGCAAAAACCAGUUCUGACAGCUAUUGGAGGAACUGCAGACGGUGAACCAUGCCACUUCCCUUUCCUUUUCCUGGAGAAGGAGUACUCAGAGUGUACUACAGAUGGGAGAGAAGACAGCAGGCUUUGGUGUGCAACAACCUAUGACUACAAAAGUGAUCAAAAGUGGGGAUUUUGUGAGACUGAAGAGCAGUCUAAUAAGAGAAGACAAAUGCAAGAAGCAGAAGAUGUUUAUCAAAGUGGGAUGAAAAUGCUUAAUGAAAGUAGUAAAAAAUCCCAAAAGAAAGUAGCCUAUCAAUAUCUUCUGAGGGCAGCUGAUAUGAAUCAUACAAAGGCAAUGGAAAAAGUGUCUUAUGCGAUGUUGUUCGGGGACUAUCUGAAGCAAAACAUUCAGUCCGCUAAAGAACUCUUUGAGAAACUGACUGAAGAAGGUUCUCCGAAAGGGCAGACAGCCCUUGGUUUUCUCUAUGCCUCUGGCCUUGGUGUUGAUUCCAGCCAGGCUAAGGCACUGGUUUAUUACACUUUUGGAGCUCUUGGAGGGAAUUUGAUAGCCCAUAUGAUUUUGGGCUACCGGUACUGGGCUGGAAUAGGAGUUCUUCAGAGCUGUGAAUCUGCACUCACACAUUAUCGUCUGGUUGCCAACCAUGUGGCAAGUGACAUCUCUCUGACAGGAGGCACAGUGGUACAGAGAAUUCGCCUGCCAGAUGAAGUAGAAAAUCCAGGAAUGGCAAGUGGGAUGCUAGAGGAAGAUUUGAUACAAUAUUACCAGUUUCUAGCUGAGAAGGGAGAUGUUCAAGCACAGGUUGGACUCGGGCAAUUGCAUUUGCAUGGAGGAAGAGGAGUAGAGCAAAAUCAUCAGAGAGCUUUUGAAUAUUUCAGUCAAGCAGCAGGUGCUGGCAACUCCCAUGCAAUGGCAUUUUUGGGGAAGAUGUAUUCAGAAGGAAGUGAUAUUGUACCUCAGAACAAUGAAACAGCUCUUCAGUACUUCAAGAAAGCAGCUGAUAUGGGUAAUCCAGUUGGGCAGAGUGGUCUAGGAAUGGCUUACCUGUAUGGAAAAGGUGUUCCAGUGAAUUAUGAAUUGGCACUUAAAUAUUUCCAGAAGGCAGCAGAGCAAGGAUGGGUGGAUGGACAGCUUCAGCUGGGCUCCAUGUAUUACAAUGGUAUCGGAGUCAAGAGAGACUACAAGCAAGCUUAUAAAUACUUUAAUAUGGCUUCCCAGGGAGGCCACAUUCUUGCCUUCUAUAAUCUGGCACAGAUGCAUGCCACUGGCACAGGAGUGAUGCGUUCCUGUCAUACUGCUGUUGAGCUAUUCAAGAAUGUCUGUGAAAGGGGCCGUUGGUCUGAGAGGCUUAUGAAUGCUUAUAACAGCUACAAAGAUGGUGAUACAAAUUCUGCAGUUGUUCAGUAUCUUCUCUUGGCAGAACAAGGUUAUGAAGUUGCACAAAGCAAUGCUGCCUUCAUUCUUGAUCAAAAAGAAGCUAGCAUAAUUGAAGAAAAUGAGACUUACCCUAGAGCCUUACUUCAUUGGAAUAGAGCAGCCUCUCAAGGUUAUACUGUUGCUAGACUGAAACUUGGUGAUUACCAUUUCUAUGGGUUUGGCACUGAAGUCGAUUAUGAAACAGCAUUUAUUCACUACCGUCUGGCAACAGAGCAACAACACAGUGCUCAAGCUAUGUUCAACCUGGGGUAUAUGCAUGAGAAAGGUCUUGGUAUCAAGCAGGAUAUUCACCUUGCAAAACGUUUCUAUGACAUGGCAGCUGAUGCUAGUCCAGAUGCUCAAGUUCCUGUCUUCCUUGCACUCUGUAAACUAGGAAUCAUUUAUGCCUUCCAGUAUGUACAAGACACUAAUAUCAAAGAGCUGUUCUUACAACUUGACAUGGACCAGAUCUUGGGCCCUGAGUGGGACCUCUACCUCAUGACCAUCAUUGCGUUGCUUUUGGGCACCAUUAUAGCAUACAGGCAGAGGCAACAUCAAGCGAUCCCCAGGCCGGCAGGGCCAAGGCCGGCGGUGCCUCCCCAGGAGCCUGCCCCAGAACAUCAGCCAGCCCAGUAGCAGAGCCAAGAGCCUUGGUGAAGUGGACUUGAUUUCCAACCUGGACAGCUCACGUGAUUUUAUGACACCAGAUCAAACAGCCACGUCUGCAAGAGAAACACAACAGAUGCACACUUUUUGUUCUGAAAGCAGUUUAGAGCUAUGCCUUUUUUCAGGGAUGUGCAUCUUGCUUCAAGAUGGAGUUGAAUGUUAUUUCAGUGCCAAUGGAAUAACAAAGCCUCUUAAAAAAACAAAAGUGUACUGCUACAAAAGUGAUGCCUGCUGUACCCACAUUGUUCAGUGCUCUUUUGAAUUAUUCCUCAGUAAUUUGAACGUCCUAUGAAAGUUAACCUGCACAGAAAGGAAAAUAUUGUGAAGCUUGAGACAAGAAAAUAAGACCUGUGCUCUUCCACUAAGUACUUUUUUUAAAAAUGACACUUUUUUCAAAUGUGUUUGGCAUUGCGAUAAACUUUGAUUUACUUUCUGACUCACCCAAAUUAUUUCUUAAUCAUUUUAAUUCCUUCAUAGUAUUUUCCACCCUUUGAAUGCUGUAACUUGGGUCUACCAGUUAUAAAUUGGAGAUAAAGACAAUCAGUAAAUAUGACAAAUAUACUUCUUUGGUCUGUACCUGUCCUCUCCAUUUGGAUAUAGUCUUCUCCUAGUAGCAGGGUUUAGAAACAUGAAUUGCACUUACAAAGUUAAAAUCAAAUUCAGCAAAAACAGGCAAUGUGUGUCAACAUUUAAAUGUUUGAUUAAGCCUGUUUACAACUUGCAAGGCUCCCCUACCACUCCCAGAUACACAAGAUGACUUACUUAAUCUUCCUUUUCUCAGUUGUUCCACAAAUAUGGCAAGAUUAACCAAACAGUAGACUGGAAAAACAACCAGUGUUAAUGAAUCUCUGUAAGCCCCAUUUAUGGCUCUCUUUUUCUCUCUUUCCCUCUCUCUUUCCCACUCCCCCCCCCCCCCCCCCCCAUCUCCCAAUGUGUUGCUGGUUUGCAUUUCAGUUGAUCAUGAUGUAGUUUUAAUGAGCCAGACUUAAUUAAAUUGCUAUUCUGGCAGGGGAUUGUGCAGCUAUUUAAUAUGUGAUCUACAUACCUCUCUAAAAUAAUCUCUUUUACAGGCACAUGCAAUCCAGGGAACAAUAUGUUAACAUAUACAAAGCUACUCUAAAGGUAUUACUUAAUCCCAGUUUUACCAUUUAAAUCAUCAUACCCAUUUGAAUUCCCUGCAACAGUCAUGAUCUGGCUAGAGGACAUAUGAUUUUUAAGCUUCUUGCAGAUAAGGAUUGUCUGUUGAAAGGAUUGGAAUUUCUGAAGUUUAAUGUCGCCAAGCAGAAACUAAGGCCUGCAUUAUAGUAAAAAAAAAAAUUAAAAAGUUUGCCAUGCUAUUAAUUCAACAAAACAUAUUCUAGGCUGUAACAAGAUCGUAGGAGUCCUGUUUUUAUUUGGUGACCCUUUUGAAGUAAAAUAAUUAUACAGAUUAAAGCUAAAGGAUAGCUUUCUGAUUGAGGACUAAGAAAAAAACACUGUAGCAGAUGCAUAUGUCUGUUUCUAGAGCAUCAUUAUAUUAGUUUCUGGCCUCUUGAAAGCUCUGGCUUUUGAGUGCUGUUCUCUGGAAGCGGGAUUUCAUUUAAAACAUUUGGGAAGCAUACAACCUACCAUUGCACACAAAGAGCUUUUGUUAGGCAAACCUUUGAUUCAUACACAGAUUAACAAGAGCAUCCUUUAAAAGGGAGAGACACUGUGUCUCUCUCAAAUGGCUAAAUAGUGUUGAACAAGACUGCCUUACUCUUAAUUUAUUCUAAAAUCACUGGGAAGAUCUCGCAGCAGGAAGACAUUUUGUGGCGUAACAACAGUAUUAUGAAGAUGGACAAUCUUAUAGGGGAGAUAGACUAAAAUUUAGAUCUUCAUUCAAAAGGAACAGGCACAAUUGAAGUUGUCUUACAGUCUGCAGUUCAGAACAGCAAUAUGCAGGGUUUUUUUUAAAAAAAAAAUUCAGUAGUUCUCACAUUCCUAGAAACUAAUGUAGUAAAACUUUCAGCUCUGAAAAAGUUCAACUCAGUACAAAUAUUAGUAAUUUGUAUUAAGUACUGAGACAGAAUUCCAAAAAUACUUAAUUUCUCUGUGUGAUAGAUUUUUUUCACAUUGCAUUGAAAUGAAAUGUUACUUUCUCAAGAUCACGAUAAGUACAUAGUCUUCAAAGUAUUUAUAUAUUUCCAAAGUCUUUUAGCCACAACAUUACAUUUUAUUGUUACUGUAGAUGGGCAACAUUCUUACUUUGUUUUGAUAGUUAACAGGGUUUUAUUUGCUAUUUCCAUCUGAUGAAGCAAACUAUAGCCACAUCUGCACUUCACUAAAUCAUUUUGGGAACAAACAACCCAAAGAAAUCAACUGAUUCCUCCCCUACCCCUGGAAAAAAUGCAAUAUAAGCAAUAAAUAUGUUUUUCAUAUUCUUCCAUUGCUCAUUCUAUUUUAAGAAUAUCCAUUAUGGAUGUAAUGUAGUUGACAAUGAAAUACAGAGAAGAACAUUCAACUAACUCAGGGAUUUAAGAAUAUUGAGUAGUUCUAAGUUAUCUUCGAAUACCCUCUUCUAUGCUUAACUAACCUUUCAAAUUUUCUUUUGAACUAGACCUAGUAUUUCUCAGUAUGAAAAUUGUUUGCACUCAGUUGAUAUUGGGAAACUAGGCUUUGACUUAUAAGUUUUCUUAUGGGGUGUGAUUUUCAUGAUCAUUAAUUUAACUGCAAGGAUGGGCACCAUGAAAGAAGUAAAGGAGAAGCAGGCUUAAGGGCUUAGCCUAAAUGUGUUAAUUGACAUAAAUGAAAUUAUUAAGAGCAGAGGCUAUGCAAUGAAAAGUUGUCUCCUUUGCUCCCCUAUCUCUUGAGUGGAUAUUUAUGUCCAAAGAUUAGAACAUAAUAUGGAAUUGGCUGAAGAGUUGCUAAAGCUUCUGUGUCUAACCCACUUCUCUUUAAAGGUUGUUUAAAAGUGCAUAAGGUGUUGCAAACAUGAGCGGCAUGUUUCAGAGAACAUGAUUAUAUACUGUUUUGAUAAAACAUUGCAUACCUGAAUGUAAAUAGUGCUCUCCAUGUCUACAGACUUACACAUUGCAAAGUAAUAGUCUUUGGGUGGAGAGUUUACUCAAGUCUAUCUAAACUAGGAACUAACCGAUUAUGUUUGGUUAUUUCAAAUAACAAUGAUUGCUUUGCCACAGAUCUGUUUCAAGGUUUCUAGGUUCUGCCUUUCUUUUUUUGGUGGUUGUCAUAGACAUAGCCUAUUCAACGUGUGGUUGUGUGAGAGCAAAUAUUUCACUCGACUACUAUCCUUCGGGAUAUAAAGUAGGAGACGAGAGAUUGUCUUUCAAGAGAGAUUGCUGAUGUAUUAGGAAAGAGGUACUCCUUACAUGUUUUACCAAACCAAAUGAAAAUGUAUAGUAAUCCAGCUAAAGGUAGCCAUCACUGUUAGACCAAGUUGGGUUUUUCUUCAAUACUAGAUAACCUCAUUGAAACAUGUUCUUGACUGAUAUCUGGCUUCACAUGAUGCUGAGUUUGGUGAAAAAAUAGAAUUUUCAGAUGGUGUUGGGUAUAGAAGAAGUACAUGUUCCUGUAUAUGCGACAGUGCAGAACUAAUGUCAUGAACUGAUGCAACUGAUGUGUUCCCUUGAUUUCAGUGGAACUACAGUUACAGUUCUUUGUGCACUUUCCUGGUUGUACAUCUCUUUGAACACAGCAGAACUUAAUGCCAAGUAAAUAUGCAUAUGAUCAGAGUAAAUUGAAGGAAGAACUUGCACUCUAUUUGCUGUUUCUAAAGAGGAUUAAACUCCAUCUUACCUAGAUUACAAGGAUGGAAAAUCUCCCUAUUCUCCCAGAGCAUGAUAAACAUACUUUCCCUAGGUUUUUAAAAGGUUGGUAUGAUUUCAAAAAUGCAACUGAAUAUGUACAGUUGGAGAGGGCUAGUGAGAAGAUGUUUUUGUCUACAAUUAGCCUAAGUUGCUGAGAGUAUAUAAGGAGUUUUGUACAUUUUAUUUUGUAUUUAAAAUGAUGCAGUGUAAAGGCUGGAAAAGUGUAAUAUAACUGUGUAAACAAAUUCUGUUAAUAGAAAGGUGUACAGAUUCAUUUUGUACUAUAUCUUGUUGAAUAAAGAUGCCACUUUUGUGAUUGGCCUGUAAUGCUGUAUAAAAACCUGUUUCCUUUA